CUUCAUGCCAGUUGAUGCCAUCGCCUGCAAUUCCUCCAGUAAUGCUGUGCAGAUUCCCUCCUCGCCCCGGCUCCAGCAACUGGAACGCAACUCCAGCAAGCCUCCCAUCUUUCAAUCUGGCAUCAAACGCAAGCAAGCAUCCACUUUCAUCUUAUCCACUUCCGCAUCCGCUUCGACACCCCUACUCCUCCCCUAAGCCUCAUCAAGGGACGCCGUAGACAGGGCCUCUCCCACACAAGCUACCGCUGAGCAGUGACACUACUGUCGAGGGAAAACGACCCCCCAAGCCCGCCAGGACCAAGCUGACCACUGGUCACUGACCACUGACCAGCCCGGCUACGACCAGUGGCACACAUCCCCUGGCCGGCCCUCUUUUUCUGCUGCCUCCACCGUAAUCCAACAAGUGCCGGCCUGGCGCAGGACCCUCUGCCCAAACCGCCACUCGAUCCUUGUCCUCCGACCACCCCACAACCAACACGGUCCAAUUGCCAGCACGAGCCUAAACACCCUGCAUAAAGAAAUGCCCCCCGGGCGAGUCCCAGUGAUUGCGAUGAUGCCAGUCGUCCUGGUCUGCUACAGCGCAACAGGAAGGGUCAAUCCACCGACGUAACUUAACAUAGCAGACAACUGGCAUUCAUUCUUAGCAGAGUCGGUGCUUCACGACAACUUAUCUACCCUCACAUUCCCCACCCUAUCGCGGACGGACCUUGGGUCUUCAAAACUUACGAGAACCAUAUCAGCCAAACAUUCCGCCACUUGAGACAAGAAAGCCCUUUUCUAAAAUAUAUAUGUCUCCCCAGAAGUAGACCGACGACACGACUCAAAAAAGAUACAAGAUAUCACCCUCCGCACUUCGGAGAUUUGGAAAGCUUACCAGGUCUCCAUCUGGGCACGGCCGUUGACGCAGGCCUGUUGCUUUCCCAACUGCCAUCAUACCUCCAGCAAGCAGCCAAUCCUGUCGAUCUGCCGUUCGCCGAACUUGUUUGAGGAUUGACGCAUCGCUGUUGUAGCAAAGAUAGAACUUGUUGCUACCAGGAGAAAGGGGCACUGCCAUUCCGCCAUCGACCACUUCAGAAAAAGAUCAUCACCCAGCGUUCUGUGGAUCUGCCACUGGCAUCUACCCGCCUCCAGGCUCUCCACACGAUAUCCUACAUAACCAUCGCCGAUCCCCUCGGUGAAAACUGAUCAACCUUUCCAAAUCCUCCAGGGAACCAGGCUGUACACUGGCUCCUCCUUGGUGAUCCAGCCUUGCACACCGACGACGGCAAGGGACCGACUUUCCCAGUAUUGGGCCUUGUUGCUGCUAUUUCUACUCUCAUAUAACCGCGAACACCGCCCUCAUGACGAUGGUCAUUGACAACCAGGGUCGACACUACGGCGGCGGGAUGGGUUACGAUCAGAUGUACCCGAACAUGCACAGCGCGCCGCAAUUCAACGACCCAUGGUCAAACCAACCCAGCACAUCCAGCUCGUCAUUCCCGGCCCUCUCCAAGACGGACACUUCGCGCUCAGGGUUGACGAUGCCGUACUCCCACAUGCCUUCAGUCUCGGGGACAGUGGCUCAAGAGAUCCCACGUCCAAACUUUGGAGAUCAAGCGUACUCGUCUUCCUCAGCAUCGUCAGGGUCGUAUGCGCCCUCAUAUACUUCUUUGAGCUAUGCUCAAUCGCUGGCUCAACAGCAACAGCAGCAGCAACAUCAACAUCGGAAGAUGUCUGACACAAUUGGCAACUCGCGAGUCGCCACAGCCAGUUUUGGUGAGCUUGACGCCUCAAGGGGCAUGUUGGCCCUGAGCCAUCAGAGCUUACAAGAUUUGACCCCUCGCAACAUCUACGAAGCCCGGGCUCAGCGAGCAUCCACGGAUUCAUACGGGUUCCCACACACUGCGUCCAGCCAUUCGUCCAUCUCCAGUGAAUCUGGUCGUGGCUAUCCCUACUAUGCGGCCAGCUCAGUGGGCUCGGUGGCAGAUUCUGCCACCGACUACAGCUCAGCGGCUUCAGACGCCGGCUAUGAAUCGAUGGCAACAUCUCGCACACUACCUCGUCCCACGCAACUGCUUGGCGCCCCCCUUGGACCACCGGCUCCCCAGUCGAUGAUGGGCCAGUUUUCGUCGAAAAUGUCAGCCAACACGCAGAAGAAGCACAAAUGUAAGGUUUGCGACAAGCGCUUUACUCGACCGAGCUCUCUGCAAACGCACAUGUACAGUCACACUGGCGAGAAGCCAUUCGCCUGUGACGUCGAAGGCUGUGGGCGGCAUUUUUCAGUCGUGUCCAACCUGCGCAGACACAAGAAGGUCCAUAAAGGAGACUCAACGUCGACCGCCAGCCAUUCCGAUGUGGAAGGUUAAUAUUACGAAACGCACAUGGGUCACAACACCCAUUCACGGACUCCUUACAGAAGGUCACCAUGCCGAAUAGGGCCGUGCCAUGAUUGCUUGCUUUUCUUGCUCCGUGUACAUUAUUGUUCAGCGUGGCGCUUCGGAGCAGCGUGGCGCUCUUUGUGUACGACACUUGGAGGAGCGAUAGACGGGCGGCGAGUGUUUUCAAAGGAUGUUUGCAGUUAUGCCACGAUCGGCGUUGAGGAAUGCUUUUCGAUUCACGACACUCGCUUCACAUACAUGUAUUGUUUAUUAUGACGACCUUGAUACCCCGAGAUGACGGCUGCAACCACGGCAGGUUGUACUUCACACAUGAACCUGGAAGUUCAUUAGAAGGAGGUAUUGCGCGGGGGUGCGCCCAGUCUGUCCCUCUGACGAGGGGACAUGGUCAGAAGGAUGAGCUGACAGGUCAUCGACGAUUCGGUGACUUCUCAGCAGGACAGCAAAAAGAUGGAGCGGUCGUCUGCGGGAAACACACGACACUAUUCGAUGUUUUGAUGAGACAGUAUUGGCUUGACACGUCAACGCUAUGAGCGGUGUGGGAAUUAGCGUCAUCUGUGCGUACCGAAGGCACGCUGUGAAGGAACGUUUAGCUGGGGAAGAAAGACUGCAACAAAUCGCGAGUCCUUCUAGAUAUGAACACUCCAAAUGAACCACAAACGCUGAUCAUGUUGGCGAAACUUAUUGCUGCGGUACUACUUUUUGCAUGUAUCUCUAUUGAUAUCUAUGGCCCGGCGUAUACUGUGAAGUUGGAGGGAGCAGAGGAAGCAUUGUACACCUAUGGACGGUGCACUUGGACUGCAAGAAUUGGAACAGUGCCACUGCUAAGGGAGCUCCAUACUACGGUAUGAAACAGGUCACGUGGACAUUCACAGACGAACAGGCAUGACAUCAUACACGGCCUCGUAAUUUCCAAGUGGCAGCAGUUGCAAGUUGCAGUGGCUGCCAGUGUUCGUCUCCAAAUUUGCAUGCUGCGUGCUGCUGUGUCUGUCUGCCCCCCGACUGAGCUCGACUCUUCGCCCAGUCUUGUUGUACGUCUGCGGCUGUCUCUCCCUCACCAUGAGAAUCUACAGCGUCGCUUCUGUAUGCCCUGAAUACUAGCCUUGAGAAGUUGAAGCUCCUUCGACGUCGACGACAACUCUGUUCCAAUUGGCUGGGUCUGCCCUCAUUGUCCUCCCAGGUCGGUCGCCGCAUUCCUUCCUACGCUUCUCAUUACUACUACGCAGUAGUACAGUCCUACUACCACCUUGUUGAGGGGGCAGUGCGUCCGGACAACAAUAGCUGCGAGACUUGUUGUCGGUAUUCUUGUCAAAUCAAUAACUCGAAUCUCUCCUUGCAUACUAGCUGCUUGCCCCAGCCUGCUCGACAUGUCCGAGGCUGGGCAAGAAGAGCCCCGUGGGCGGGCCAUGACAACAUCGGAGCCAUCCCAUCCUCCUUCAGGCAACCCCCGAACUUUUGGUGUUAUAUCGCCAUCUCGAUCAGAACCGGAACGACGACGCUGCCCAAUGCUAUGACAUGUUGUUAUUAUCAUAAUCUGUGCGGUUUACUCCGAUCGGAUGUGAGAUUGAAGGGAAAGCAGCCCCAGGAAAGAGCGCUUCAAAUUCGGACUAUGACAUUGGCAUUGGCUCCACAAGAUGGAAGCUGCCUCGCACUUCUGUGCCACACUGACACCACAUGCCAGCCAGCGAACCCAGAGGACUUCGAUGAUUAUCAUAUGGGAGUGCGAUGACAACUUUUGAUACGAACUGAGCAGGAUCUGGGAUGUCUUCCAAGACGACCGGGGCACUUUCUGUACCUAUGGCGUCGUAUCCAUGUGAGCCAUGCUGUGAGAGUGCUUCUGAUCGCUACUAUCUCAUGGAGUGUCCCUCCUUUCCCCUGUGCGUCUGAACGACAACCAUGACAAACUUACUUCUGCAGUGCUGUGCCUCCAAGUCAAGGAGGAUACCCCUAAUUCACUGUGUCAGGAGAGAAUUAUCCUUACUUUACCUUAGAAUACCUCAUCGUACCAGGUAGGCCUUAGCUGGACAGCCCCAUUGCAGCAAUGAAGCCCCCAAAACGACAGCAAGAGCUACAGGUUGACUCUGUCGAUGGCAUUGACACUGAAGUCCUGUCAUGUCUGGACAUGGUACCCACAACGUUCCGUUGGCGCAGCUACUUUUUUUGUAGAUGUGACCAGACUGUUCUUCUGCCUUUUUGGCUUUGCAUAGCACAUGCCAGGGCAGGAGUUAUGCGUCCAAAGUUCUCAGUUGUCCACAACGAUAUCGGCUAGAGAUGUGUUGCGAUCCUUUGAAUUUAUGGCUUGCCAACUCCCUUCCUGAGCCGCGCUGGCAGAAGAUGGCUCUCCAAUUAUAUGUAUGCCUAGUUAUACCGAACUGGUCCGCCUCCCGAACAAGUUCCCUCCAUGGCCAGCUCAAAUUUGACAAACAAAAUGAUGCCAUCUCCCGCAUUAUAGGACAGGAUCCCUUAUCCCUCCCUUGUUGAAUCCUGUUGCGCUUUUUUCUCAUUAAAGCUAUCCUCGCUGACGGAGCGGACUCUGGAAUGGCCCCAUCGGCAUCUGCAUCUGCAUCUGUCCAGCUGACGAAGCAGGCUGACCGUACAGGGCAGGCUCGUGCUCAAAUAUCGUGUCCAACAUUCUUACAUCGUUCAGGUUUUUGGGUGUACUGGAUCUGUCGAAGGGCAAACGGAUCAUGCCACUACCAACAUCCUCUGCCCUCUUUUGGGGAGGAGGAGGGAUAUUCUCCCAAUUGCACGUCAAUGACCUGGCCAACACCUCAUCGCACACACUCUUCUGCUUGUCUGUAGCUAGGAAGUCUUCUGGCCGGCUGCCGAUAGGAUUUGCCUGUGCUGGGUCCUGGUGCAGUGGGCAUUUGCGGCACGCUUGGAUUGCCUAUGUGUAUCGGACUCGCAGGUCAGUUAUCUGCAUGUUCCUUGAGGGGGAAAAAGAAAAUGUGUGUCCAAGGGUCAUACCUGUUCAACGUUGCUUCCCAUGCAGAUGGAGCACCUCAGACCAUCAGGGCAUCUGCGACAGCCCACAACGAACUGAUAGUGUAUGCAGAUACCCAUUGUGCGACAAUUCUGCUGGCAGGGAUAUUGUACGAAAAAGGUACACGGUUCCAGCAUCUGCAGAGAUCGCCUUCUCAUUUCAGGGAAGGCUGGACGGCGCACUGCGACCGGCGGCACCAUUGAGAUUUCCGCCGGUCGGUUCAUCCGGAAGAACUGACCUUUAGGGAAGUCCGAACUGCGGAUGAAAAAGGCCGCCGCUGCUGGCUCUUGCAGCAUCGAGUUGUGCAGGCUCUGAUAUUGAUUCGUCAUCGUUCGGCUGACAGGAUUGGAUGAUGAUGACGACGACGACGACGAUGACGACGACGACAGCCAGAAUGCCAUGUCAGGCAGAGACGCAGUGUAAACAGCUGACCAGCCUCUUUGAGGCGCAGAAGGACGCACCGUAAGGACAAGUUGUCAGUCAGGGGCUGAAGGUAUGGCUAUCAGGUAGGUAAGCAGCAGUCAGCAGGCAGGCAAGACGCUCAUGCAAAGACUCCCGGUGAGGAUGUGUCUUGUUGCUGACAAGGGUAGGUGAGUCCUUUGAUUGCGAUCUUCAACCCGAGCAAGACUCUAUUUUAUGGUAUAAGAACGACCACGGACUUUGCCUGCACUCUUGAAGUACGGUCGCAAUUCACACGUCACUGGUAUUAACACGCGCAACGAACAGCAGAUCAGGGCAGUUGACCUGGCCCGUCAGUCAGCUGGAACGGAAUAGAAGAGUGGGUGAAAGGUGGUUCAUAUGUGUUUCCUGGAAUCGGUAUCGAAGGUGGUACAGUCUCUCGUUUGGCCGACUUGACUUGACGACACUACCUACAGGUAGCAGGUGCCUACCUAGCUAGGUACAUAUGUUCGUUUGCGUCGCGGUGUGCCGAGGGACUCAUCACAUGGGGAACGGUCACAGCGCGAACAAACAGAGGAGGCCAACUGAAGGAAGUAAGGUACAGUCUGUAAAAACGAGCAAACGAAACCUUGGGGAUUGAAUAGUGUGAGAUGGCGGUUUCCGAAGUAUGGCAAUAGGCUGAGCUAAAGGAAUCGACAGGUAGGUACCAGUCAGUACUAUUCCCAGUCAUUGCCUGUCUCACAAUGUGUUCUACUGUGGCAGUCUCAGGUAGGUCCGACGUGCAGGAUACUGUAAAUGUCCAGGUGCAAGUUUCAUCCCGGUUUUCAGGCUUGGGACCUUCAAGUACCCUAUUGUCCUGGCUUCAGUGGUGGGAAUGCCUCUGACUCUUGCUCUUGCUGUUGACCAUAUGACAGUGCCAAUCUCUGCAUUUGUCUUCACUCAAUAUACUAGAAAAUCGGGGGGGACCUAAGUCGACUACCUGAACUGGUCCUCUGAAGCCACAUUGACAGACUUCAAAGGCGCUCUGAGGUCUAAUUCCUAAGCGUAGCAUUGUUAGACACUGACUAAAUAGAUUAUAUCUCAAUCAGGAUGAUGUCGUCGUUCCA